AUGCUGAUAUUCUCGGUACGCUCUUCCGUAGGAGUCAAAACUCAUCGCCUGUAACUUCACAAUUAUGACGUAAAAUUUUCUAGGCGAUCGUCUUCCAGAGGAUCUUCAGCAUGUUCCAGAGUGACAUUUGGAAUUUGGUGCCCAUCUCCUUCCAUCACCCAGUCUUCUACAUUGCCACGUCUCUCUUCACUCUCCAGGUGCAUUUUGAUUCUUCAAGUACAUGAAUUCGACUCAAAGUUAAGGUCAUCGUGAGCGUUAGCGCAAUAAUCGCAACGUUGUGCGCCGAACCAUCGGUGCUCAAACUCUCAUGGGCAAUGACCGUAGUGCUGCUGUUCGCCGACUUCAUCAUGAUUUUCCCCUUGGCCGCGCACUUGAACUCUGCCUACAUGUUGUUCGCCCCUUAUUACAGUAUGAUGGCGGAAGAACUGGUAUGCUUUGGUUUCUUUUUCGAAUUGUUCAUUUUCCACAGUCUUCCAACUGCUGGUUCUGGGACUACUUCAAUCACAAACUGCACUGCUGCCCUCCCCAGCUCAUCGUGCAAACCUGCCUUGGUCCAUUUAAGAGCAAAAUUAAAACAAUUAUAAUCUUUUAGAUAGUAAUUUCACAAAGUUGGACGGCCCUUGUGUCAACGUCUCAAAUGAGUUGGAAUGCGUCAAUCCAAUCAGACAGUGAGAUCUUAUUUUUGAUGAAAAAAUGUUGGUCAAAAACUCCUAAAAAGGGUUUUUUGAGUUCCUCUUUCCGAAGACAACGGAAGGUGUUUUUAUGAGACCCAAAGUACGCCAUCAAAGUUCAAAUUGUCCAAACAACAAAAACGGAGCAAACAACAAUUUUUUUUGUGCAGAUUCGAAAAUUCAUCGAUCGAUGUUGACUAACUGGGCAUAUCAUACUAUAUUACAACCACCCAUCAUGAAUAUUGGUAAAAAUGAUAAGUAUUGUCAAUGCCGAGGUGGUAUCAUUAUUGUUAGAAACCAAGCUUAUUAAGUAAGAAAGGCGGUAUGCUAAGAAAAAAUUGAUCUAUUCAUAUCAAAUUGAAGAGAAGUUGGGACAAUAGUUUUUAAGUUGGAUGCAGCGUCACAUUGACCUGGCCUCCUUCAUCAUCUACUUCAUCCUGGUCCCCCUCAAAAUGCUAAUCGCCUGCGCGGUUCAAGGCGAUAUGCGCCGUUUCUUCUUUGAAACGGAAAUCCGCAAAGCGUACGUAUCCUCACUUUUUUCCCGCUUUAGGAAGAUUACUUAUCAAUAAUAUUUUACAGGAGCCUCGAUGACUUGGAGUCUGGUGAGGAAGAGACUAACGUCGAUUUUCCUCUCGCUACUGCAGCUGCGCCUGAGCUGCUGCCCAAGCCGAUGGCUGAACUUGCAGUUCAGCAUGUCUCGACCACCGACACUGCGAUUGGAACCGAGAAACCCGAAAAAUUUCUCAAGUUGACCCCCCGCGUCGAGUUCAUCAUUUGA